AUGUGUGGGAUACUGGCGGUGUUGUGCUGCUCGGAUGACUCUCAGGCGAAGAGGGUCCGAGUCCUCGAACUUUCCCGCAGGCAAUGGCCUCUCCUCCGUAACUUCUCUGAGUUCUCCGCCAUCUUCCGAAACCCCGUUUCCUCAGUCUGUUCAUGGAGAGAGGGUUCCCCUCCCCGGGUAACUCCGGGACGGCGGAGCCCAACCACGGUUGGCCAGCGCCUCGUCUUUAGCGCCACGGUUGGCCAGCGCCACGGUUCAUGGAGAGCUAGCUCCUCGUCCUGAUAUUAUUAAAAUAUUCCAACUUUUUGCCCUACGUGAUGCUUCGUAAAAUCGAAUCGAUAACAGAGUCUCAGAAUUGAGAAGGCGGGUUUUGACGAUGAAAUCCUCUGCUCCGAGUUGCUAGUUCCUAUACCUGUCUGAAUUCUGGGACUUGAGCUUCUGACCUCUGCUUAAUGGUGGGGGUGGUGCAACAGGCUGAAGCACAGGGGGCCAGACUGGAGCGGGCUGGCGCAGCACGGCGACUGCUUCCUGUCGCACCAGCGGCUCGCCAUCAUCGACCCCGCCUCCGGCGACCAGCCCCUCUUCAACGGAGACGGCUCCAUCAUCGUCACGGUAACUAAACCCGACGGCGGCCCUACUGGGGUCGGCUGUUCUCGUCGUCUGAAAGUGCAGUGGUGGGGAAGGACCAGCGAUGGCGAUGUUUACGGAGAAAGGCUUUUGUUUUUUAACAGGUCAACGGGGAGAUCUACAACCAUGAGGAGCUGAGGAAGAGCUUGCCUUCUCACAAGUUCAGGACGGGCAGCGACUGCGACGUCAUCGCCCACCUGGUUCGCCCUCCUUCCUCCUUCCUCGUUCCUUCUCCCUCCAUUUCUCCGCUCUGACCGGCUGGACGACGAACAGUACGAGGAGCAUGGAGAGAACUUCAUCGACAUGCUGGACGGUAUCUUCUCCUUCGUGCUGCUGGACAAACGCAACAACACCUUCCUCGCGGCCAGAGACGCCAUUGGAGUCACUCCCCUCUACAUUGGAUGGGGCCUCGACGGUGAGCAAGAUCCUCCCUCCCACUACUCUUCUGCCCUAGAAAACGGUGGCGAACUCGGAUUCUCGAGCUCUGUCUGACGCGGCGGCGCCGCCGCUCUCGCGCAGGUUCUGUCUGGAUAUCGUCGGAGAUGAAAGGGCUCAACGAUGACUGCGAGCAUUUUGAGGCCUUCCCCCCUGGGCACCUCUACUCCAGCAAGGAGCACGGCUUCAGGAGGUGGUACAACCCUCCAUGGUUCUCGGAGACGAUCCCCUCCGUCCCGUACGACCCUCUGGUCCUGAGGAAGGCAUUCGAAGAUGUAUGUACACCUCUCAAACCCUAAUCCGGUCCAACCCUCCUCCCCUCUCUCUCUGAUGAUCCAUCGUCUCUGGUUCUCCCCAGGCCGUCAUCAAGAGACUCAUGACAGACGUCCCCUUCGGGGUUCUCCUCUCCGGCGGGCUCGAUUCCUCGCUGGUGGCCUCUGUGACAGCCCGCCAUCUCGCCGGAUCCAAGGCCGCCGAGCAGUGGGGAACGCAGCUCCAUUCCUUCUGCGUCGGCCUAGAGGUCUGGAAUUCCUCCAUUCUCCUUCCCCCUUAGUCCUCCGCCGUCUGAAAAUCUUCUUUCUCACCUCUCGCCGCCAUGACUGCAGGGCUCGCCUGACCUGAAAGCUGCGAAGGAGGUCUCGGAGUACCUCGGCACAGUCCACCACGAGUUCCACUUCACUGUGCAGGAUGGGAUCGACGCCAUUGAGGACGUCAUCUACCACAUAGAGACCUACGAUGUGACGUCGAUCAGAGCCAGCACCCCCAUGUUCUUGAUGUCCCGGAAGAUCAAGUCGCUUGGGGUGAAGAUGGUCAUCUCCGGCGAAGGCUCAGACGAGAUCUUCGGAGGGUACCUCUACUUCCACAAGGCUCCGAACAAGGAGGAGUUCCACCGUGAGACCUGCCGCAAGGUAUCAUCAACUCGAGGCCCCCCUGUUCCUGCUCAGAAAUCCUAGAACAGAGAGAUGACGAUGGUCGAUGGCUUCUUUGCAGAUUAAGGCGCUCCACCAGUACGAUUGCUUGAGGGCGAACAAGGCGACCUCCGCGUGGGGCCUGGAAGCCCGUGUGCCGUUUUUGGACAAGGAGUUCAUCAACACUGCAAUGAGCAUUGACCCCGAAUGGAAGAUGGUGAGACCGCCGCCCCCCGUCUUCGUCUUCCACCUUGUUCUUCAUCUUUCUAUCUUCCCGGGUCAUUCAGGGAUUUCUUCUUCAAUGCCUGGUGACAGAUUAAGCCCGAGCUUCGACGGAUGGAGAAGUGGGUCCUGAGGAAGGCUUUCGAUGACGAGGAGAACCCCUAUCUGCCAAAGGUACGUGCCGCAAUCAGGGCAUUCGUCCUUCCUCAUUCCUCCGAUUUAGUCCUCGGCCAUGAUCGACUGAUUUCCCUCUCUCCCCCUUUCCAUUCUUCAGCACAUUCUGUACCGGCAGAAGGAGCAGUUCAGUGACGGCGUCGGCUACAGCUGGAUCGACGGUCUGAAGGCGCACGCUGCGGAACACGUUUGUUCCAUCCAUGAAUACUCUCUUUCCCCCAUCCCAACAUCUCCUCCUCCAUCAAACCCUAAUUCUCUCAACUCAUGCUCCGCUUAUUUGAACUCACCAGGUCACUGAUCGAAUGAUGCUGAACGCCAAGAAAAUUUACCCUCACAACACCCCCACCACCAAGGAGGGCUACUACUACCGGAUGAUCUUCGAGAGGUUCUUCCCGCAGGUGAUUGUUCCCCCGAUCCGGAACAAGGAGCGGAAAGGCCGCGCCGCAGUUCUUCCGUAUUCGCCUCUGAUCCUCUUCUCUCCUCCCUGCAGAACUCCGCCAGGCUGACGGUCCCCGGGGGCCCUAGCGUGGCCUGCAGCACGGCCGCCGCGAUGUCGUGGGACGCGCAGUGGUCGAGCAACCCCGACCCGUCGGGAAGGGCCGCUCUGGGGGUCCACCUCUCGGCCUACGAGGCGAAGAAGGCCGCCGCUCCCCUCGCCGCCGGCACCGGCCCGGAGGACAUCAUCAACAACAAGAAGGCCAGGAUGGUCGAGGUCGCCGCCGCACCCGCCGUCGCCAUAUCCACCUGA